AUGGGCAAGAAGAAGGUGCUGGUAAGCUAUGGCGUAGACAUUGAUGCUGUAGCAGGAUGGCUUGGUUCAUAUGGCGGUGAAGACUCGACAAGUGACAUUAGUAGAGGCCUAUGGGCUGGUACGGUAGGAACGCAGCGUCUGCUGAGACUGUUUGACAAGUAUAAGAUUAAGGCUACAUGGUUCAUCCCUGGUCACUCUCUCGACACCUUUCCCGAAGACUGCGCCGCCGUUCGUGAUGCAGGCCAUGAAAUUGGUCUACAUGGAUAUUCGCACGAGAAUCCUGUCGAUAUGUCCUUCGAGCAGCAACGGGACGUCCUUGACAAAACCUACAAGCAGCUCACCGAGUUCUGUGGCAAGCCUCCCCGCGGCUCCGUCGCCCCUUGGUGGGAAACCUCGAAAGAGGGAUGCGAUUUACUAUUGAGCUAUGGUAUUGAGUACGACCACUCUAUGUCGCAUGAAGACCACAAGUGCUAUUGGCUGCGAACGGGAGACGAGUGGACAAAAAUUGACUACAAGAAGAAGGCGAGUGAGUGGAUGAAGCCGUUAGUCAAGGGACAGAUGACAGGUUUAGUCGAAAUCCCUGGAUCGUGGUACAUUGAUGACUUACCACCAAUGAUGUUCAUUAAGAACAGCAAGAAUUCGCAUGGUUGGGUGUACCCAAGGGAUGUGGAGCAGAUAUGGAUGGAUCACUUUGAUUACUUCUACAGGGAGUAUGAUGAGUUUGUAUUCCCUAUGACGAUUCACCCGGAUGUCAGUGGGAGACCGCAUGUGCUACUGAUGCAUGAGAGGGUUAUCGAACACAUCAACAAGCACGAAGGUGUUGAGUGGGUAACGAUGGAGCAGAUGGCGAACGACUUUAAGAAGAAUAACCCUGUACCACAAGGUGCUAAGAUGCCAGCACCUCCUGGGGAGAUUCUCAAAUUGCAGAAGGAAGGCAAGGCGUAUUCAUUAGUGGAUUACAAUGGCCCAAUACCUGCGUAG